UCUGAUUGGUUCCUUCCCGCCUGGUUCUUUAUGAAUUGAACAUCCUUUUCUGGAUUCGAUUGGCCGAGCUCUAAUAAUCACAACAAAUACACACUCUCUCUCUUUCACGCCGGCAACAACCAUACCUUUCAUUGAGACGUGCAAACGUCAUGCGCACUCUCCUCCUGUUUGUUUCUUUAUCUCUCACACACACAUGGACACACUGACUUAUUUUGUCAACAGCUCACGUAGCAAGGUGCACACACACACACACACACACAUUCUCUCUUGUAUGCCGUCACUCUGCCUUGCUCUCUCCACACACACGCCGGGUCACAGGCAGCAGGAAUGAUGCUGUGAAGCUUUCUUCAUUCACACACGCACACACACCUUUGCUUGUCGCUCUUUUGUGCACUGACUCACGGGACAAACACACACGCACGCUGUCACCCGUUCUCGCUCAGUCAGUCGGUCAGCUUGCAUUGUUGGAAUGAGCUGGUGAUGUUUUGGGACAGGAAGAAUAACAUGGGCAAUUCCCAGAGACGACCCAAAGGAAGGCACAGACCGAAAUCGGCAACAGGCACCAGUGGUCUCGAGGCAGAGAGCGGCAGGCGUGGAGGCAGCGGCAGCAUCUUCGGCGACGGCAACCACAGCAGCAGUGGCGCUGGCGGAGGAGGUAGCGGUGCGGCUCACUUCAGGUCUCCAUGGCAACAGAGCGUGAACGUGUUCGGAUCCUGGAGCAGGCCUGACUGUGUCGAGGAGCUGCACCAACAAGCGCAGCUCAACCUCCAGAGCCUGCUGCAAGACUUUGAGGAGCAGCUGUAUGACAGCAAACUGACUGGUCAGACCUUCCGCUGUCCGUCCUCGCUCAGCUCUGACGAGACGUCCACCACGCUCAGCCGAUCCCCCAUCUCCCUCAACAACAAGAGGCCUGACUUCAUCUUCCUGCCGGCCUCCAAACAGCUCUAUGAAGAUGAGACCACCUCCUCUGUGUUUGGACUGAGGUCUGUGACCAACCCAUCUCCUUCCCCUUCCCCAUCCCCCUGUGAGUCUGAGCGCCCCCUAUUGGGCUGGAGUAGUAUCAGCAGCAACAGCACAGCCACCACUGCUGCCGCUGGACCACCGGUAGCAGAGAAACCCCGGUGGCACCAGGGAAGACGCACUCCAGCAAACAGCAACCCACCUGACAUCACAAGUGAAGGGGGAGGAGGGAAGUUUCACGGUGUUGACCUCCUGCAGCACUCUGCAUCCCCAUCCCCCUCUCCAGGGGAUCCCUGCCUCCACCAACCCCACUCGCUGGAGCCUGUCACGGACACCCACCACCAGAUCCUCCCCCUGAGGAAGAUUCACUCUGACCACGACGCAACCUCACCUGCAGAUUUGGAGCAACGCCCACCAAACCAGUUUCACCCACGAGCCAUGGACCAUUCUGCCCUGCUGUGCUCAAACACACCUUCAUCCUCCUGGAACGGACCCAAAGGCUCUACCUUUUCUCCUGCAGCUUGGAAUGAACCCUACAAUUACAGCAUGAACAAAGGUCCUGCCGUUCCACCAAAGCAGCGCAGCAUUAUAGGGGGUGGAGGGUCUGAAGGUGUGAUGCUGGUGAACUCUGGACAGUCGGCAAGCUCAAACUCUUCUUCUUUCACAUCAGUGUCAGACUUUUCUGGCAAAAGAGGGGGCAACAUGCCAGAGAUUUUGUUGGCAACCAACAUGAUCGGGAAGAGAAGUGAAACAGAAGGGGCGCCAGCGGAUGGAGUGAAAGGAGUUGAAAGAAGAGUUGGGGAGGCUGGCAGGGGUAGAGAGAGGUCAGCACGUUCAAUAGCGGCGGCCAACGCAUUCAAGUUCCGCGAACGUUCCCUAUCCACCCCAACAGAUUCUGGUUCCUUCUGUUUUCAAGAGGGUGACUUCGGUCAGCCAGAGGGAAGCGUUUCUCCUGGGAAUGGGAACAUAAUAGCAAACCACAGACAGCAUCAUAACUUCCUGGGAUUGGGUGACAAUUACGCCUUGGUGUAUCCAAGAGGGAGCUCUGAGGACAGUACCAGUACUGCAGACACAAUCUCUAUCACAGCCUCGGACUAUGGUACUGAAGGACGCCUGCGUUUACGUUCUCGGUCUAUUUCACUGAAAAAGUCCAAGCGUAAGCCGCCACCACCCGUGAGGAGCGUUUCUUUAAUGAAAAAUUUGGGAGAAGCUGAGGGAAGGAUCCACCAUGAGGGAGGACUGUACCGGGAUGGUCGGCCGAAAAGCCUUCACAUUCCAAGGGACCACUUUCCAGAUUUCCAGCCAGAUUUCCUCUUACCCAGCUCAUCCAAAACUGCAGCUUGUGAAGGUGAGAUGAGUCACAGAGCCAGUGACGGACCACCAAGCCUGGAAGUUCAGGCCCCGGACAGGGAUGGAGAGACGGAGCUGAACUUUUCCAAUCACUGGCAGCUUGGAGAGUGGAAGAACAAUGACCCCUACAGGUCUUUAUCCGGCUCCAGCACAGCGACCGGGACCACCGUGAUUGAGUGCAUGAAAGUCAGGGGAAGCUCAGAGUCGUUGCUUGACUCACCCGCCACCUCCAGAGCCACGUCACCCUCACAGCUUCUAAUUGAAUCUGAAACCAAGGCGUCCUCUCCUUUCAAACCUCCUGGACUUAUGUCUCCCUCAAGUGGUUAUUCCAGCCAGUCAGAAACUCCCACUCCGACGGUACCUCUCAGUCAAGCUGCAGGCCCAGGAACCGCAGGAACAGUAGGAUCAGGGUGUAAAAUGCGCCCCAAAAUUCCAGAAAGGAAAUCUUCCUUACCCUCACCCAAAGACCCCGCAGCCAGAUCUCGAUUAUCUUUUGAAAUGCCCGGGAAUGCUCAUUUAGAGCUUUCAUCCAUCAAACCAAAGCAGAAAGCCAGUAGAAGACAUUCCGACACCUCGACAGCGGCUAAACCUGGAAAAGUCAGUCCGAGCUCAUCCCAAGCUUUACCUGUGGUCACCCAAAAUGAGUUGAAGACUAUCCGACUUCGGUCUGUCUCACGGGGAGACUUAGAUGACUGCCCUGACGGAGCAUCUGAUACUAUCGAAGAAGAACAGCACGGACGAGACAUUCAAGAUCCCAGCCCGCCACCAACUUUCCCAAAACCCAAACCACCUGUUGCAAUGAAACCCCCUUUGCCGAAGAGGCCAAUUAACCUGUACCUCAAGUCUACACCUCCAACGUCCACCUCUCCCCUCGCCAUGGACUCACCUCCUGGGUCCCCUAUAGAGCGCCCGGUGCCACUGGGCAACAUUUAUAAAGUCAUGAAAAAACCCAAGCCCAAAAAACCUCCUCCUCAAUCGAUCAGUCCAUCGGCAUCAACAGAUUCAAUAAGCACUUUGCCAUCAGCCUAUGAUCAUCCCUUCCUUACUCAGUCUCACUUUGAGCUCCCUCCUUUACCUGACCCCCAGCCUCUUUUAGAAGACCCAGUGUUGGAGCCUGAAUUAGACGAAGAGUUUAAACUCGGCCCGGAGGAUGGGGGCUCACUUCCAUCUCCCUGCAGUAGCCAGGAAACCUCGGACCUACUGGACAAGAGCAAGACCCUGCCUUCCAGAAUGACAAUCUCCUGCCUGGCAGAACUGUCAGAUAAGAAGAAACCCAAGGUUCCACCCCCGGUUCCCAAGAAGCCAAAUGUCUCGAUCCUCUCUUCGUCUGUGCAUCCCCCCUCAAAUGGUAAUCCAGAGCGCCAGGCCGUACCAACUGACAGCCCUGUUGGGCCGCCCUCCCCUACUUGCGAAUUCCCGCCAGAAGACAUCCCUGCUCCCUGUGUUCCUGAAGUGCAAGAACAAGAUGAUAAUCUUUUUGAUGCAGACAGUUCAAAGCAGUCGAUGAUGAAGUCACAGAGGUCAUCCUUCGUGGACUUGGAAGAGAAGAUGGCCAGUGUUACUGCAGCAGCAGACGACUCAACAACCAAUGAACCCACAGUGCUGCAUAUUGCAGAGGAAACUGACGAUGACUUACUCAACAAUACCCCGACAACGCACACUACAGAAGACCUGUUCACUAUCAUCCACAGGUCCAAACGAAAGGUUCUGGGUCGCAAAGAGCCAACCGAUUCCUUCGGCAGCCGGCAGAGUCUGGUGUCCCCAGUAAAGCACAGUGCAGGCAGCAGCAGUGACUACAGAAAUCUCACCUUGGGCAGCAGCCAGAGAUCAAGCUCCCGCAAUGAGAACUUCAUGGCUCUGCUGCAGAAGAAAGGCAAGUCUUCGGGCGGUGGCACAAGGGUCUCUGCCAUGGAGCUCCUGAAAAGCACAAACCCGCUGGCACGACGCGUCACAGAGUUCUCAGCUGCUACGUUACCAAGCUCCGAGGGAGGGGAAGUGGCUUCUGGAAAUGGUAAAGCCAGCGAUCAGUGAGGUUGUGUCUGUCUGCAAACAAGAACACGACUGUGCUCCAUUCUUGGGGCAUCUGACUAGAAGGCCCCAAACACUGGCCCCAACUAUUGAUUGCCCAUUUGUACUGUCCAAUUCAGCCAAAGCACACUUUGGACAGAACAGUCAUUUCAAUGGUUGGAGCGUCACUGUCCCUGUCCGUGCCAACUUCCCCAUUCAUGAAGUGAACUCAUCUGGAGAAUGGAGGGUUGUUCUUGCUAUAUUGUCCAAGGCGGAGGCAAGUUUGAAUGUGGUGGUUCAACAAGGCGCUGGAGGAUCACUCAGACAAGGACACACUGGGACGAAGAUGGGAGCGACUUUCUGUUCUGCCAUCAAAGACAAGUCCCAGAAUCUGUAAAAGACCACAGAAAUACGCUGCAGAAGAUCCUCACCCAAGAAAUGACGGGAAUUACGACCAGUCAACCAGAUACAACCAGUAGCACUUCAACAUCAAGUUCUGUUUACCCUCCUGAUUCACGGGGAAACGUCUGCGAGUGCAGCCAAGGAAAUCUGUCUUUGGUAGAUUUGGUGACUCCGACAAUGUCGACUCUGACAACGUACAGGAAGUACUAUCCAUCACCUGGACGUACUGGGAUAAAAUCCUUUUGCCAAUCAUGAGAAUGUCACAGAACACAAAACUUGGAGCUUCACUAAACAUUCCACUGAGGCAUCCAGCGAGUGACAGUCCGGAACGCAAGCACUUGUCUUUAUUCUUUCUUCGUGGAUGCCAUUUACAGGAGACACUUUAAUGGUUAUUAGGUCCCUGGGGAUUUCUUUUGUUCUUCAUAGUCCAUGGGUGAGCUAUAUAUAUUUUUUUGUUAUGGAUGCCAUACACUCAUGGACUGAACUGUUUUUACCAUGUACAAUACACAUCUACAUCGCAGCAAGCUAAGAGAAAACAAACAAAAGAGUGAACAGCUUGUUCAUGGAGACACCGAAAACAUGUAAAGACACUAAAAGUGAUUGUGAGUGAAGACGAGUCGGACAGAUCUUUCCGCAUGAGUGCGUGCUUGUAAGUGUGUUCUCACAAGUCGCUAGAUGUAAUCCAGCCAGUGGAGUUUCUAAGCGGAGAGUAUGAAGCAGGCUGGUUAUCACAUAGGGUUUUUUAAUCCAUUCUGGUCCCUGGUGACGGGACCUGGGGGGGACUGUUAAAACAGACCAGAGGGGACCUGAGAGUGUGUCUGUGGUGUGUGUGUGUGUGUGUUUGUGGGGAGAGGGUGUUCAGGAUUAGUGUCAGAAGAGUUGCUUGCUCAUGCCAGUUUCUUUUUCAUCAACUUCCUGUCUGUCUGGGCUCUAACCUUGUGAUGGAUAUGUCUCCAAAAACCGACUGUAUUCUGCUACCAUAUCAUUCUUCAUUUUGGAGUGAAGUAUACUCAAGCUGUGACCCAUAUCUGGCACUCACUUGGGUCCAGGACAGAGAGGGUUUCGUCACCAGUGGCAGAUCCAGAUUUCAAUUAUUUUAUUGGGUAAAAGUUUCAGCGCAUACCAAGUGCUUCAUGAUACAUGGCGACAAUGUGGCCCAUUCAUCCUUCACAUCUAGAUUCUAGUUUCUAAUGGUGAUAUUCCAAGCCACUGAUCGAUUGGCAGGAGGUAAAUAUGCUGCAAAUAUUUUUUGAGACGGCUAUCAAAGUCUUGAUUUAAUGAAGAAAAAAUCCAGAAGCUUUUCCUCCUUAUCCAAGUGACAUGUCCUUUGCCAGAUUUCAUUGGAGGCUUCCAUUUCUCUUUAUGUGAGCCUUGUGCUAUCUUCACCCACUCUGCACCUUCUAGUGGUUGGCCGUAUCGCCUCCUCUCUUCACCUCCAUCCUGUCCUCUCUUUACACACCCUCCCCCAGUUUCUAUUAACCUUCCUCUGCCUUUUUUUUAGCCCCUGUCCUCAUCUCUGCAUUCAGUCUAUGCAUCCAUGCUCAGCCGACCAUGUGACACCGGAUGAAUGUCAAUGAAUGACUGUUAAAAGAUGCUGUUCUUGGUUUCCCAAAAACAUUCUUCUAUUUCCGAGCUCUUUGACUUUUUAUAUCUCACUUCCUGCGCCAUGAAUGGUGGGUUGAAUGACGGCUGUGCACAAAUAGAAGCAAGGUGUGAUUGUGAUUUUACAUUUUGGAUUUAAAACAAACACCCGGGAUUAUUUUGGGCUCGUCAGUGACACGGCACUUGCAUGGAUGAGGAGGUCCAAUCUCCGAGUGCUGCUGCGUCAGAGCGCACCCCAGUGGAUACUUCACACACAGUCGCUGGGGGGGUUUUCCAUCCGCCUGACUGGAAAAGAAAAGAUCUACAAGAUGAUCUCCAUCUAGACGUGAAGCGAUGCUUGUUUUAAAUAUUUAGUGAAUGAAAAAAAGCUACAGCUGUAAAACUGUGUUUGUUUGCCUUGUAUACUGAAGUUUUGGUGCAUCGUGGACGCACCACUGUGUUAUUGUUUUUAAUAUGUUUCUUUUUUUUUUUUUUCUUGGUCAUGCGAAAGCCAAACUUUAUUUUACUUUUUUUUUUUUUUGGAUUUUUUUUAAGAGCAA